UCUUCAGUCACAGGUCGAUCAUCGUCAUGGCGGGCUUUGUACUCCGGGUAAAAACCAAGUCGGGUCACAAGAUCGUCAACGGCCUCGCGCCCCACGACAAGGUGUCUCAGCUGAAAGCAAAGCUCGCCGAGCUCACCGGCAUCCCUGUCGCCGCUCUCCACGUACUCGUCGGUUUUCCACCCAAGCCCAUCGAUUUGGACGCGGCCGACAGCACCAUCGAGCGCAUCGGCAUCAUCUCCGGGGACACCCUCAUCGUCGAGGAGAAACAGAUUAUGUUCAAUAUACCCAACGAUUUUGGCCGAUCGCACAUUGUCGACCAGGAAAGUUUUACCAAUGCUCCCGGUGUCCUUAUGAGGAAAGUCGUGCCUGCAGACAAUUCUUGCCUCUUCACCAGUGUGGGUUAUGUUCUGAAUGGGAAAGUUGAUACCAGUUGUGCCAGUUUCAUGAGGGAGAUCAUAGCAAACGCGGUGGCGGCGGAUCCAGACGAAUACUCGGAAGCAUUUCUGGGCAGACCCAAUGCCGAUUAUUGCAAGUGGAUUCUCAAAGCCGAUUCCUGGGGUGGCGCCAUCGAAUUGUCAAUUCUAUCCAAAUUUUACGGCUUAGAAAUAGCGGUGAUCGACAGUAUUAACGCGAUCAUCAACAGAUUCGGCGAGGACCAGCAUUAUGCCCAGCGGGUUUUCCUUAUAUUCGACGGUAUCCAUUACGAUCCACUCUACCUGGAGCCGCUUGAUGGUGGCAGCAUCCAAACGAUCUUUCCUACCGAAGAUGAGAGGAUGUUGCUGGAAGCCGCCCAGCUCGCAAGAGAAGCGAGAUCGAGUCGUCAGUUUACGGAUGUGCAAAAGUUCACGCUGAUGUGCAUUGACUGCAAGAUUAGACUGAACGGACAAACGGCGGCGCAACAGCACGCUAAAGAUACUGGUCACACGAAUUUUGGCGAAGUGGCAGCAUAGCCUCGUAUCGUCUGCUCAUUUUAUCAAACUCUUCGGUGAUUAUCCUUGACCCUAAACAGUAUACAGCGAUCUUCUCUUCGAUUCAAAGACAUUAUCUGGAUGUUCUGGGUUAACUCAUUUAUUCACGCUGCUGCAACUUUAAUAUAAGUACUUAUUACUACAGAUUUUUUGUGUACCACAAAAAUCGGAGACGAGAGUUUCGUGCGUGUGCUGGAAGAGAGAAGAGCAAAAGAGAAAGAGAGAUAGGAUCAUGAGUGAUAUUAUUUUUAUAAAUUAUAUUGAAACGUACAUUGUGCAGUUAUAUGCUAGGUAAUAAUUUCAAUAACUAUUAUAUAUUUUUUAGGUAUUAAAAUUUGUAAUAAAAUUUUUUAUUGAUAUUUACAUAUAUAUAUAUAUAUAUAUAUUUGUGUGUGUGUGUGUAUGUAUGCGUGCGUGAUGCGUGUAUGUGAUGUGUGUUGUACACAUAUAUAUAUAUUAUAUGUAUAUAUCUAGAAUUAUAUCUUAAAAAUAUUUAUGCAAUAUAUAUUGUUUGAUUUGUAUUAUAUAGGGCAAUUUUGUAUAAAUAUCAAGAGAUAUUUUAUACUGUUUAGGAUUAAAGAAAUGCCGUUUCUCGUAGCUAGGCGCGAUAAUUACAUCAUGUUUUCUACUCGAGCAAAAUACAAUUUAUAAAUAGCAACAUUAUCAUUAGGGCGAAUCGUUUGCAAUGCACUCUCUCUAUUGAGAAUUGUUAAUGCGCAUAAUACACAAGUUAUUGAUUUUGA